UCCAUUUCAAAUCUCUCCCCUAAAAUUCUCUGCUUUCUUUCACAUUUUCUCUAAUGGAUAUUCCGCAAGAAACCGAAGAAUUCAUCCGUGAAAACAUCGAUUAUUCGUUGGGUCUUCCGGUAUCUUAUCGUACUCUUCAGUUAAAGCUUCGAUCUUUAGAAGAAUCUCAUCGGGUUCUCCGUGAUCAGUAUUUGUAUUUGAAGUCCAAAUUGAAUGAGAAAGAUGACGUCAUCGAGCGUGUUAGGGCUGAGGCAACCAUGAAUGCUCAAGCUGUAAAGAAGUUUGUAGAAGAGAAUCAGAAAUUGGCGAUCGAAUGUACUAAUUUGGUAAAUCAGGUUAAGAAGUUGGAGCAUGAGUGUUCAUUGUAUGAUCGUGAUCGAGAAGCUUUGAUGGACUUUGGGAAUGAGGCAGAUAACAGGGCCAGGGAAGCAGAGUUACGUGUCCAAGAUUUGGAAGAGAGAUUAGGUGAGUUGACGAAAGAAUUGGAGCUCUACAAGAAACAUGCGGAGGGGCAAGAGGCUGGUGAUAUUGCAAAGACUUUGUCAACAGAAGAUUUACUUCUUGAUACAUUGUUAUCGACUUUGAUCACCAAAGAUGAUAUAGCAUCAACAGCGCAUUCUUUCUUAGAGGCAAAUAGUGGAGUGGAAUUGUGCAAAUACAUGCUGGAAAUGCGGCAAAGCUUGAAACCAUCAACACAAAAGAUUUUAGCAUUGGCUUCUGAGAUAAAGAUACUACAGAAAGAUAAGGACCAUUUAAGGAGUAAUCUCACAACUGCAGAAGAAGAGGUUAAGGUCUUGUUCGAAGAAAACAACGUAUUCGACAAGGAGAACAGGAAAUUGAUGAGGCUGCUGCAGAAAGAAAGACAACUAAACGAUUCCGGGGGAAGGCAUAAUAGUGCAUCCUUGAAGAGUAAUAAGAGGAAAUCUAGUCCUAGAGAUUGCAGUCCUAUCGAGAAGAAAAUCGACUUCAUUGAAUCUGGUUCGCCAAGGAAGGCACUGUCUCCUUUGAGACACAACACCCCCGAGUCUCGAUUACUCAAGAAGUAACUUCUACAAACUUUAAAGAAUUCUGCCCAUAUUGUUUGUGUGAAUUGUGUCGGUUCUUACCAAAAUCUUGUUUUCAGACAUUUUCUUGGCUAUAGAAUAGGAUGUUUGUUUUCGGAACUAGCUUGAAAGGCGCAAUUUCAAAGAUGUUUUGGAAUUGCUAGACUUUACUAAACAUAGCAACAAGUUCUCUUACAGUAGUACAUAUAGUUGCUAAAUCGCAGAAAAAAACAGCCGUUAAGAUCUGCCGAAGUGUGGUUAUAACUAAUGUAAUUGUAGCUUCAUUGACA